AUUUUUUUGAGAGAUUUCAAAGGGCUUGUGUAGGUUUGGAAAGGUAUGGCUAACAAAGAAUCAAGUGAGCUGGGGAAUUUACCAACAUCCCCAAUGGCUAAGCGCGCCCGAACGUGUGAAACUACAGGAGAACGGCUACGGGGACCGGUACGGGUACCCCGCUCGAUCGGCUUGACAAAUCGUGGUCUGGCCUAUGGUUUUGAUCUGUAUUACAAUGACGAUCCGCCUACAUUAUUAGUUCCGUGUACUUGGAGUAAAAACUAUGGUAUCGGUCUCUAUGGUAGGAUUGGACUCCAAUGCUACAAUCUUCAGAAGGGAACAAACUUAAAGUUUAAACGCUUGGAGAAACAUAGUACCAAGGACACUUCGUUCUUCAGCCUCUACAUAACUUUGGAGGCAACCGAUCCGGCCACUGGCUCUGUCUGCUCUUUUCAGACUCAGUUUGGCGAUGCAGGACGCCGCAUUUCGUUGGGGGCUAGGAUUACCUGGUUGACCUUAGCGUCCACAAUCAAACAAAUAUAUAACCAGCCUAUUGAUGAUGUAUGGGACGAGGACACACCUGGAAUAAAUGAGUUCUACAAAGUUCCAAUGCCCAAAUGGUUUUCUGAUGAAGCCAGGGAACGUGACAGUAAAAAGUAUUACGUGGUGCCAGAAUCAGAGCUGCAUGACAAUGACUGGCUUCAACUUCUCAUGGAAGUCGCCUUCUUCUCCAAAGCAGAUCGUUGUUUGGAUGCUUACCUACCCUUGGAGCUCAAGAACGUUGUUGUGGAAACUUUUGAAGAUUACACAACAGAGCCUAGUGAGAAGCUCAAAGCUGAUAACGCAAUCUUCUACAUUAGUUACAAGUGUUGCUCUGAUCCUUCAACGCCUUUGGCUGGUGAUCACCGUGCCAUAGUAAGGAAAACCAUGGAUGGCAAACCAGGCCACAUGUGUCUUGAGGUUGCUCUUACCAAAGAACAAGAAUGAAGAAGAGUAAUCUGCCUUGUUAUGUUCUAUCAUCAGUUUUGUGUUUUGUUUCAUGCUGGUGUUUUUAUGUAUUCAACACUCUUUUGAACUAUUUACUUUUGGAAUAUCUAU